UUGCGGUGUCUGUCUCAUCCGGCGUCCGCUACCUCUUCGCUGGGACGUGAGACUCUCUCCAUCGCUCCGCAGUUCAAUCCCCUGCUUCACUAACAAACCGAGCCCCUGGUUUUACUUUUUUUUUAAACAGGGUAUCGUUUUUCGUUUCCAGUCGAGUCCCUGCUUUGAAGCAAAAAUGUUGGAUCCGUCAUCCAGCGAGGAAGAAUCGGACGGGAUAGUUGAGGAGGAAAGCAAAGAGACGCUGGCGCCGCAGUCCGGAGGUUCUCGCGUGUCGCCGAGCAGAGGCAGCGAGAGCUCGGAGCGGCUGCAACCAGGGGGCCGCGGGAGCAGCGCGCGCCCCAGCAGCCCGAGCCCGUCCGCCGCCAGCGAGCACGAGAAGGAGGAUGUCGAGAAGCUGCAGCGGGAGGAAGAGGAGAGAAAGAAGCGCCUGCAGCUCUACGUCUUCGUCAUGCGAUGCGUCGCGUAUCCGUUCAACGCCAAGCAGCCGACCGACAUGGCGAGGAGGCAGCUGAAGAUCACCAAGCAGCAGCUUCAGACCACCAAGGAUCGCUUUGAGUCUUUUCUCAAAGGAGACACUCAGAUUGUGGCAGAUGAGGCCUUCAUCAAUGCAGUUCAGAGCUACUUUGAGGUGUUUCUGAAGAGCGAUCGUGUGGCUAAGAUGGUCCAGACCGGCGGUUUUUCUGCUGUGGACUGCCGUGAAGUGUUCAAGCGCCACAUUGAGAAGCGUGUCCGCAGCCUGCCUGAGAUUGACGGCUUGAGUAAAGAGACGGUCCUAAGUUCCUGGAUGGCUAAGUUUGACACCAUCUACCGUGGGGAUGAGGACCCACGCAAGGCUCAGCAGCGCAUGACCGCUAGUGCCGCAUCCGAGCUCAUCCUCAGCAAAGACCAGCUCUAUGAGAUGUUCCAGCAGAUCCUUGGCAUUAAGAAAUUUGAGCACCAACUGCUGUAUCAGGCCUGUCAGUUGGAUAAUCUGGAUGAGCAGGCCGCUCAGAUCAGGAGGGAGUUGGAUGGGCGUCUGCAGAUGGCUGAUCAGAUUGCCAGGGCAGGAAAGUUUCCUAAGUUUGUGUCAAAAGAGAUGGAGGCUAUGUACAUUGAGGAGCUGAAGUCUUCUGUAAACCAGCUCAUGGCUAACCUUGAGAGCAUGCCCGUGUCCAAAGGAGGAGAGUUCAAGCUCCAGAAACUGAAAAGAGGUCACAACACAUCCAUCAUCGACAUGGGCCAGGAGGACGAGAACCAGCUCUCCAAGUCAGAUGUGGUGCUCUCCUUUACACUAGAGGUAGUGAUCAUGGAGGUGCAGGGGCUAAAAUCUCUGGCUCCAAACCGCAUCGUCUACUGUACUAUGGAGGUGGAGGGAGGAGAGAAGCUACAGACUGACCAGGCCGAGGCUUCCAAACCAACCUGGGGGACUCAAGGAGAUUUCACCACUACUCACCCUUUGCCAGCAGUGAAGGUCAAACUGUUUACUGAGAGUACAGGGGUGCUGGCCUUGGAGGACAAGGAGCUGGGCAGGGUUGUCCUUCACCCAACCCCUAACAGUCCAAAGCAGUCUGAGCUGCAUAAGAUGACUGUGACCAAGGCUUGCCCUGACCAAGACCUGAAGAUCAAACUGGCUAUUCGCAUGGACAAGCCACAGAACAUGAAGGCUUGCGGGUACUUAUGGGCUUUUGGAAAGAAUGUUUGGAAGCGCUGGAAGAAGCGCUUCUUUGUUCUGGUCCAGGUGAGCCAGUACACCUUCGCCAUGUGCAGCUAUCGGGAGAAGAAGUCAGAGCCACAGGAGCUGCUACAGCUGGAUGGGUAUACUGUGGAUUAUACUGAUCCACAGCCAGGUUUGGACGGAGGCCGUGCUUUUUUUAACGCUGUCAAGGAGGGCGACACUGUGAUCUUCGCCAGCGAUGAUGAGCAGGACCGCAUCCUAUGGGUGCAGGCCAUGUACCGGGCUACCGGCCAAUCGCACAAGCCGGUCCCGCCCACCCAGGUUCAAAAACUCAAUUCCAAGGGCGGGGCAUCGGCACAGAUGGAUGCACCCAUUUCUCAGUUCUAUGCUGAUAGGGCACAGAAACACGGCAUGGAUGAGUUUAUCUCAGCUAACCCGUGUAAUUUUGACCACGCCUCACUGUUCGAGAUGGUGCAGAGGCUCACACUGGACCACAGGCUCAAUGACAACUUCGCAUGCCUGGGUUGGUUUAGCCCAGGUCAGGUCUUUGUUCUGGAUGAAUACUGUGCUCGAAAUGGUGUGAGAGGAUGCCACAGGCACUUGUGCUACCUUAGGGACCUGCUGGAACGAGCAGACACAGGUCACAUGAUUGACCCAACACUGCUACACUACAGCUUCGCUUUCUGUGCCUCCCAUGUCCAUGGCAACAGUCAGAGGGGGUCUGAGUUACAAGUGGGUGGCUCUAAGCCGGAAGGGAAAUCGGAGUCUAAAAAAAAGAGGAGCUUUAAAUCUCACCAAGUCCCAGUGUUCCAAAGACCUGAUGGUCUUGGAACCGUGAUAGUGGAAGAAAAAGAUCGCUUCGAGGACAUCAAAGAACGGUUACGUGUUUUGCUGGAGAACCAGAUUACAAACUUCAGGUAUUGCUUUCCAUUUGGUCGUCCUGAGGGAGCUCUAAAAGCCACACUGUCUCUGCUGGAGAGGGUGCUGAUGAAGGACAUUGUGACCCCAGUGCCACAGGAAGACGUGAAGGGUGUCAUCCGUAAAUGCCUGGAGCAGGCAGCUCAAAUCAACUACCAGCGCAUUACUGAGUACGCCAGAGUGGAAGGAAAAAAGAGGGAAAUGUAUGAUCACCCUGUCUACUCCUUGGCUACACAAGUGAUGGAUUUAACCAUCCUUGAGAAAACUCUAAAGGAUCAAAGGGAUCCAGAGAAUGUAGCAAACCUAGCUACUCCUGCCAAAAAACUGGAGCAUGUCAUCCGUCUGGCGGAGUUAGUCAUUGAGGUUCUUCAGCAGAAUCAGGACCAUCAUGCUGAGGCUGCGGUCACAAGUACAGGAGACCAGUCGGCCUUUGCCUGGUGGUCAGAUCUGAUGGUGGAGCAUGCCGAGCACUUCUUAUCCCUUUACAGUGUCGAUAUGGAUGCAGCUCUUGAGAUCCAGUCUCCUGAAAGCUGGGAUAGUUUCCCUCUCUUCCAGCUUCUCAAUGACUUCCUACGGAUGGACUACCAUCUUUGCAAUGGAAAGUUUCACAAGCACUUGCAGGACCUGUACGCACCGCUGGUGGUGCGAUAUGUCGAUCUAAUGGAGUCCUCCAUUGCUCAGUCCAUUCACAGGGGCUUUGAGCGCGAGUCCUGGGAACCUGUAAAGAGUUUAACAAGUAAUCUACCCAAUGUGAAUCUACCAAAUGUGAACCUCCAAAUUCCCAAAGUACCAAAUCUUCCUGUGCCAGUAGCAGGACUAUCUGUUAACCUUCCACAAAUGCCUAGCUUUUCCACUCCAUCCUGGAUGACUGCUAUUUAUGACUCUGAUAAUGGCUCGGGGACAUCAGAGGAUCUGUUCUGGAAGCUGGAUGCCCUGCAAACAUUCAUUAGGGACCUGCACUGGCCUGAGGAGGAGUUUGCCAAGCACCUUGAAAACCGGAUGAAGCUCAUGUCCAGCGACAUGAUUGAGUCGUGUGUUAAACGCACCAGGGGAGCAUUUGAGUCCAAGCUGACCAAGAGUAGCCGUUCUACAGAUUUCCGCAUCCCACUCUCCUUAUGCACCAUGUUCAACGUGAUGGUGGAUGCCAAGGACCAGUCAGCUAAACUUUGUGCCAUGGAGAUGGGCCAGGAGAAACAGUAUCACUCUAAAAUCGAUGACCUCAUUGAAGAGAGUGUGAAGGAUAUGAUUGCACUUUUGGUGGCCAAGUUUGUGGUGAUUCUUGAAAGUGUUCUAGCCAAGAUCUCUAGGUAUGAUGAGGGAACUCUCUUCUCCUCCUUCCUGUCCUUCACGGUGAAAGCAGCUUCAAAAUACGUAGAUGUGCCCAAGCCAGGAAUGGAUGUUGCUGAUGGUUAUGUGACCUUUGUUCGUCACUCUCAGGACAUACUGCGAGAUAAGGUCAAUGAGGAGGUGUAUAUAGAGAGGUUAUUUGAUCAAUGGUAUACAGCCACCAUGAAUCUGCUGGGGACUUGGCUCACUGAUCGCAUGGACCAACAGCUCCAUGUGUACCAGCUCAAAAUCCUCAUCAGGAUUGUAAAGAAAAAAUACCGAGAUUUUAGGCUGCAAGGUGUUCUUGACUCAACGCUGAACAGCAAGAUGUACGACACGGUACGGAACCGGCUCACUCUAGAAGAGGCGACUGCCUCUGUUCGAGAGGGCGGCAUGCAGGGCAUUACCAUGAAGGACAGCGAUGAAGAGGAUGAGGAGGACGAUUAGAGCUCCAAGCCAUGUCAUGUGCUCUAAACUUGAGCCUCCCUGACCCGUCCACCACCCUACCCUUUCCCCUUAGCCUGGUAAAAGAAGAUGCAUGUACCCACUCUGAUUACUCCAGUUAGCCACCCUAGGACCUUCCAUCAUCCGCUCGAUGUGCCCAAAACAGAGCUAAAGUCAAGAAAAAUCUAGUAAUUAUAAUGAGUAAAAAGAAAAGUUAAAAAGAGUUAUGAAGAACAUUAAAUUUUAAAUUAAAUUAAAUAAAAAUUUUAGCUGUGUUAUGAUAUAUAAUUAAGAAUGGAAACAAAACAAAAAAAAGAUUUUUUGGACUAAUUUAUUUGGGGAUUUAUUUCUAUGUGUUCCUAAGCAAUAUGGAGUACCAUUUGUUUGACAAUGUCGAGUGAGAUUAUUAGGUGUGUCCCUGUCCAAUGCGAUAACAUAUAUGGCGCUUCUUUGACGUACUCUUACAUACAUUUAUGGUACAUUGUCGUAAAAGAUGAGUGUAUGAAUCCUUUUCUUUGUCUUGUCUGUUUCUAAAGUGGAUGCCAACUGCUUCAAAACUGCAAAUGAUCCUCUGUACUUAAGUUAAAAGUUGUUACCUGUAAAUGUCCUCUGUGUCUGCACAUUCUCAUUAAAAAUGUAAUGAUUUUUUUUCUUUCCUUGUGCUGAGGCUCUGUGACUCUUACGAGAAUCUUAUGUUGCAUUUCACCAAGACAUUGUCUCACCUUCAUUUAAAAAAUAAUAUAAAUUGGUAUUCUAGAAAGGCAAUAUUCUCUUAGCUCCAUUUUGAUAUCUCAUUGGAGACGUCUUUUAUUUAGAUGUCAGAAAUGACUACCAAAUAAUAUAUUUUUGUUCAGUUUAACUUUUACAAAGCAAAGCGAUUCUUGCCUCUUUUUUUUUGUUUGUUUUAUGUUUUAUUCGAAGCAAUCUUUUGGGUUAUUACUUAAAAAGCCAGAGAUAUGUGCCAUUCUGGGGGGGUCUCACUAUUGUUUUGUAUAUACACAGCUGUACAUUGCACUCUGAGCCAUCACUGCAUGCCUGUGGGUUCCACCUUCUCCGAAAGCUCUUCGUUUUUCUUUUCUGUGUCAGUUAGCUGGUGGAUUCAUUCUUGCGUUUGCCUUAUUAAAGCCAACAGUUGUUAUAUGCAAGAGCUGUGGCCUCUCAAUAAAUAUAACUGUACAAAUA